GUGACAAUAGAGGGAUUUGGUAGGGGAAUUUGAGAGCAACAAUGGCAUUUAAGGAAGAGAGGAAAUAGAGAAAAGAAGAAGAAGACCCAACAAUUAAGGGAUGUGGCAUUUUAAACAAAAUAAAAAAAAAAUUUAAAAGAAAUAUCACCGUUGGAAGCCACGUAGGAUUAAUACCGGCUACAACAAGUGAGGUAACCUGUAGGGACCAAUAAAAAUUAAAGACCCCAAAGGUCGGAUUAUUAAAUAAUAAUCCAAAGGUCGGAUUAUCAAAAAAGAAUGGACUAAAGGUCGGAUUAUUAUCAUGAAUUUUUCCUUUGAAUAAUAACAAGAAGAAACUAGCCACCAAUUCACCACCACACAAUACCUAUUUCCUUCAUUUUCCUACCUUCUUCAGCCACCACACCACUUGACGCCCCUCCCCCACUACUAGCCACCCCUCGCCGGAGCUCCCCCGUCCUUCGCCGCCCCUCCCCUCCCCCUGAAAAACUCUCCCCUCCCCCGAAAAACUCCCGCGAAAUCCCUAAAAACUCUUUCGAAUUCAAGUUUUCAAAUUGUUUAUUAAACCCUGAAUUAUUCUACCUGCAUUUUUCUGGAUCUUGGAAACUUUGAAUAGAGCAAAGUAAAGAUGCUAUACAUUAUAGGAUUGGGGUUGGGAGAUGAGAAAGACAUAACUUUGAGAGGUUUAGAAGCUGUCAAGAAAUGUGAAAAUGUUUACAUUGAAGCUUAUACUUCACUCCUUUCUUUUGGUAUUUCUUCUGAUGGUCUCUCUAAUUUGGAAAAAUUAUAUGGGAAACCUGUGAUUGUGGCUGAUAGAGAAAUGGUGGAGGAAAAGGCGGAUUCUAUGCUUUCGCAAGCUCGUGAUUCCGAUGUUGCUUUCCUUGUUGUCGGGGAUCCUUUUGGAGCUACAACACACACGGACCUUGUUGUUCGGGCAAAGGAGAUUGGAGUUGAGGUCAAGGUAGUGCACAAUGCAUCAGUGAUGAAUGCAAUUGGAGUAUGUGGAUUGCAAUUGUAUCGUUAUGGAGAGACGAUUUCAAUUCCUUUCUUUACCGAGACAUGGAGACCUGAUAGCUUCUAUGAAAAGAUUAAAAGAAACCGUGAUCUUGGUCUGCAUACUCUGUGUUUGUUAGAUAUAAAAGUGAAGGAACCCUCACUGGAAUCUCUCUGCAGGGGAAAAAAGAUAUAUGAACCACCAAGGUUCAUGUCCAUUGGAACUGCAAUAGAACAGCUCCUUGAGGUUGAGCAGAAGUGUGGUCAAUCAGCUUACAGUGAAGACACUCUUUGUGUGGGUUUUGCCCGGUUAGGAAGUGAGGAUCAAAUCAUUGUUUCGGGUACAAUGAAGAAACUGCAAACUGUUGAUUUUGGAGAUCCACUGCAUUGCCUUGCCAUUGUUGGCGAAACUCACCCCGUGGAGGCAGAAAUGUUGCAAUUUUACGCAGUCAACGAAUAAAAGAGUAUUCGAAGAUUCAUCUUCGAUGGGGAUUAAAGAACCCAGCACUGUUUUGUUGACAUGUCAAAGGUCCUACAAACUCCUAGCAGCACUGUAUGUUGCUAAAUGAUGCUCCAUAGCCCAUAGUUUUCCUUUCAGGGUUGAGAAUCUUCUUAAACCAUCGGUGGACGAUUGAGAGUGGCACUAAGCCAUAAUUUUGUUAUACUUAUGUUUUUUACUAGCUUGUUUAAUUGUAACAAUUUUGCUGAACAUUAGUCAAUUUUAGCGUGCUGCAACAGUCAUUGCUAGUAUUUUUUUUCUCUUGUAAAGUAACAUUAUUAGUCAAAUGCAGCAUGCUGAUGAAUUCAGCAGAUAUUUUAGA